AUGACCAUAAAGUCAGUUGAGUAUUUAUAUAAGUACAUUUACAAAGGGCAUGGCUGUGCCAAUGUGGUGUUAAAUGAACAAGUUAACCAUGAUGAAAUAAACACGUUUUUAAAAGUUUGCUAUGUCUCAGCUCCAGAAGUAUUGUGGCAAAUAUUUGAGUAUUCUUUAAAUGAUAUGUCACAUAACAUCAUUCGACUUCAGGUUCAUCUAACAGAUAAUCAAAUGAUAUAUUUUGUUGAAGGUGAAGAACAGGCAUUUUUAGACCGUGCAGCACAGCGUGACACUCAUCUAACUGCAUGGCUUAAAUUUAAUGAUGAAAAUGAAUAA